AUGGACAAGGAGGAUCCACUCGUUCAGGCUCUCCCGCCAGCGACCGACUACCUGACCUACCUCACUCUCCUGGAAUACCAAUUGACCCCUCAACGCCUACCCCUCCUGCAUCGUUUAUUGCAAGAUGAAAAACUGACGACCAAUAUUGGCUGGGACUUGGUAAAGCUCCUGCUGCCGAUGCUGCCGGCAUCGACAGAAUGUCUGCAGGAUGUUGCGCGAUUAGGAAAUCCGCGGGAGGUGAUUCUGCGUGUUUGCGAAGCGUUGGAGCAUCUGCAACCAGGGGAUGAAGACAGUGUCGACUCGGAAGACACCCAGCGCGAAGAUCGAGAAGGGAAGACCUCACUACCAAUACACGUACUCCAAUUCAACUGCCUAUUGGCGAUGUUGUCUGUGCUGCACCAGCGUUUGCAGGCCAAGCGACCAAGUCGAUUUGUGGCCACCUCCCUCAAGGCUGCUUUGGAAGCCUACGAGACCAUGACCUGCGAUGAAACAACCCUGGCACUACUGGAAUUCUUCCGCGAUCUCACACCCAACAAGCGACCCGCACCACCACCUCGAGCGCCCAGCGAGUCGAGCGUCGUUCGAGUCGCAGAGGCUUCCGCGCCCGAUCCGGAGGCAGAGGUGCAGUCCCCUGCGUUGGCGAAAGAUACUGAGGCGGAUCUGGUGCGCAAAUUUGUGCAGUUCGGUUUACUGGAGAUGCUCAAGCUGUAUCUUUUGAGCUUCUCCAGCCCUAUGGAUCCGGGAAUGGCUUGGACCGUUCGCAUGCAGGAAAAGUUGAACUCUGAAUUGCGAGUGCCCGCCCAAUCUCAGACGGAUGCAUAUGCGACUAUUGAGGAGCUAAGGGAGCGAGACAUGAUGAUGGGACGGAUUAAUUCACUUUCCCGCGAUCUGGGCAUCGACAGCAAUGAGUUGCUUUCUAUCGUUGCUCGCUCGCCCGAGAAUCAUGCCCCACCACUCGACUUCGACGAGCCCCCGGAGAAAGUAAACGACAUCCACCUCGAGCGACACGGCUCCCUGCUGCUUCUGGCCGCUCGAGGUGCCGGGGCGACUCUCUACAAAGGGACCACCAAAAGCAUGCCAGCUCUGCCAGUCUUUCCAGACCUGGCGGGUAUUUUCACCAACUUCCUCGGAAAGAACGAGAACUUGGAAGAAGUUGCGUUUGGACAGCCACAGGCGCUGUUGGACUCGCUCCUCGCAUUGACUGUGUACUCAACGCAAUUCGAGAUCGCAACGCCUUCGAGCGACGUCGAAUUCACGAAACUCCUGACAGUCCUGACAGCAUGCACUGCCCGUCAGAGUCACGGAAUUGUGCGACGGAUUCCUGCGAGAAUUUUCCACAGUCAUCCAUCUGCUGUCACACGCUUCCAGAUUGUGCGCCAGAUUCUAGAAGACAAACGAUAUCUUUCCAUCCGUGACAGUGCCAUUUCAUGGUUGAAAGACGAGAUAGUCGGCACAAAACUCUCCGAGUCUGAAGAGAAUAUCUUCCACGAUGCUCUCUGGUUCUGGUCCAUCUUUCCACUCUUGCUACAACCCGUUCACGCAGAGGAAACCACCGCUGCCGAGAACCUUGUGGCGAGCUGGUCUCGCGUCACCCAAACCGAAGGUCCUUCUCUCCACUCCGCAUUGAACCUGUACUUCCUCCUCCUCUCUUCCGAGGAUAUCCGCCAGCGACUCCAACUCGAAAAGACCGUGAAGUACUUCCGGAGCCAAGUUCUCUCCCCACUCCGCCAGGUCUUCCGUGUCUUUGAAAACGAUAUGCAGGCCGAGGGUGGAGACGGUCUAAUCGAGGCAGCUGUAGGCACCGACACGUGCCGGGCGGGACUUACCCGAUCUGCAGGAUUGAUGGGACUCACUCUGGACCAGAUUGAGGAGUUGAUCAAUGAACAUUAUGGCACAGACGAUUCUGAUCUUCAGGGGUACACUGAUGAGGAAGAAGCUUCGGUAGAAGAAAUUCGAAACAAGACAAAUAAGCUUGUUCUCUAA